GUUAAUUUGUUUUAGUGGUAAGAAAGUUUUUUAACUCGUGUAAGGUCAUUUGGUCUUACUGGCUCGUCUGGAUCUGUCAAAGUAGGAGUAAUGGGUUCGAGUUCUAAGCGGGAGCGUUGUGAUUCCCAGUCACUACCCGAGAGAAACUCGUUGAACGGUGAUGAUAUCGAGCACGAAGGCGAUAUUCUUACUCCAUUCACCUAUCAAUGUAGGGUUUCAACGUUGCAGUAUUUUAAGAUGUACUUGCUCACUGUAACAAUACUCCCUUUUCGUGCUUUGAUAAUUGGUUUCCUUUUCAUUGCUACACUUCUCGUUGCAAAUAUAUUCUGGAUUGUAUACGGCUCGAAAUCUCAAGUAAAACCUAUCUGCGACUUUAGAAGGUGGCUUAUCCUGCCGAUCGUACGUAUGUCUGCUCGACUUGUCUUCUUUGUCGGGGGAUUCCAUUGGAUUAAAAUCCAAGGAAUACGUGCGUCACGUAAAGAAGCGCCUAUUAUGGUUAUUGCACCUCAUUCAUCCUUCCUUGAUGCUCUUCUUGUUGUGGUUCUUGGCUUGCCAUCCGUUGUGGGAAAAACGGAGUCAGCGGAAUCUUUUGUUGGUGGAUUUGUCAGGAUGCUCCAACCCAUUCUGGUUAACCGAGAAGAUCCCAAUUCCAGGAAGAAAGCAAUUCAAGAGCUUAUUCGUCGUGCAAAAUCAGAAGAGGAUUGGCCUCAGAUUGUUAUUUUCCCGGAAGGCACUUGCACUAAUCGAAGCUGUAUUGCAACGUUCAAACCAGGGGCUUUUAAUGCAGGUGUACCGGUUCAACCAGUAAUCGUUCGCUGGCCAAAUAAAGUGGACAGCGUGACUUGGGUCUGCGAAGGUCCUGGUGUGUUUAAGUUACUAUGGUUGUUGCUGUCACAGUUCAACAAUAGAUUGGAAAUCGAAUUUUUACCAGUUUAUCAACCAAACGAAGAUGAACAAAUGGACGCUCAAUUAUAUGCUAAUAAUAUCCGUCGGAUCAUGGCGGAACAUUUGAAUGUCCCACUCUGCGAUUUAUCUUACGAUGACUUCUGUCAAAUCAGAAUAGCAUUCAAAUAUAAAAUACCAGGAUAUGAAACAGUAGUUUAUUUGAACUCUUUACUCCAAAUGAUGUUUGCGCUUGAACAUAAUUGUGAUUUGAUAACGGAUGAAGAUAAACAAGCGGAAUGGUUUCAAAGACGUCUUGAAAGCAUGCUUGGUGUAUGCCGACAUAAACCGUACUUAUCACGAAUGGAAUUUACUCAAACACUAUUUCAAACAAGUCAACCUAAUUCAAAAGCUAAUUAUCUAAUCAAUUUAGUUGUGAAAUAUUAUAGUGAUCCAUCAUCAAAUAAUCUGAAUUUUCGUAUGUGUAUGGUUCAUACAUCUAUGCUACUAUUUCCAAAGUUGCCUCAUCAAGCAUUUUACUAUGCUACAAAGGCAUAUAAUCUGUGUUCACAAUCUGAUGUAAAUAUGGUGAAAGAUUGGGAAAUUAGUCGUUCUGAUGCAGCGGAGUUAUUGGGUUUUGCGUUCACUUUAGAAAAUGACGAAACAGUUAAGCUUAUAAUUGAUCGUGCUUACCUGAUACGUAAAUCUACUCAUUCAGAUAAUUCAUCCAGUGGAAUUAGUGGGGAGCACUUAUAUGAGGGCCUUUUAUAUCACCUGCCGGAUGUAGCUAAUUGUUAUGCUCAUUUUGAUGCAGAAAUCAACAAAGUUUUUGGUCGUCAUCGUCGUUCAUUAAUCGACUCAACUUCUACAUCAGAAAGUGAUCUUAAUGAUUUAAAAUCAACACAUUCUGUCCUUGUAGUUAAUUCUUUGAAUGCUACAAGCUGUCCAAACAUUACAACUAUCUCAAAUAAAAAAACUGAAAUAUUGCCCAGUCAUUUUGAGUGCAUUGAUGUUACAGAAAUCCCACCAAUUGAAACUAAUAAUUAUUCUGAAAAAUUGAAAGAUAAUGUCCACCUAAGCAACAGUCCGCUCAGAGAUGAUCAAAGUAUUAACUUUCGUGGGCGUUAUUCCGAACGUGGUAUGUAAAUUAUUCAACACGAACAUCGUUUUCCCGUAUUUUGCUAUUUUUUUUUCAUUGAUGCAAUUUCUGGUUCCAUGCAAAAUAAAAGAUUGUGAAGGAUCGUUUCUUGUGUCUUCUUCGUCUUAUUUCGUUUUAAAUAUCUAUUCAAAUAAGUCUGUAGAAAUGUUCUCUCUCUGCUAAAAUACAGAUUUAGAUAUUUAUAUUUUAGUAUUCCAAAAUUAUAAUUUGAAGUCCAUUAUGUAAAUUUGUAAUAAAAUAUGUUUUUCUGCAAAGUUUUUCAAUACCUGUACUAAAUUACACUCUCCUUGUUGGCUUGUAUUGCUUACAUUUUUGAAAACAUGAUAUCAAUGUAAUAUUUUGUAAUACAAUUUCAAUUCUACCGUAUAAGUAAACAUUUUUUCACUUUAUUCUUAUUAAUUUCUCAUAUUGAUAAAUACAACUGAGUAAAAUUUCAGGAAUUACAAACAGGACUUUGUUCAUAGUUGAUUAAAUCAAUACAACGCAUUGUGUGACUUUAUUUAUGUGUGCUUUAAAAACAUUACCACAAGAAAAUAAACACGUAGUUUCUAUUCUUGUCGAAAACUACUAAAAUUUGUUCAUUUUUAUUCGAUAUCUUGUCUUGUAUUUACUUACAUUCUGUUUAUUUCUACAUAAGUUACCUUUUAUGACUGGUGUUCGCCCUCCUUUUAUGUUCACGUUUUAUAUAUCGUUUUCUCAGCGAGAUUUUUAUUUGACGUUUGUAAUUAUUUAUGAGUGUUAUGAAUUUCGAAAUUCACUUUUUUACGGUCUCAUCAAUCGUACAUCCGUCCAAACACAUUCUUGUCUUAUGUAUGUGUGUAAAUUAUAUAUAUAUUUAUAUAUAUUCGUGUUUUUAUGCAAAAUUCCUGCCUUAUAACAGUUUUGUGUUUACUGGUGAACUGUUUUUUAUCAACAAUAAUAAACUAUACAUAAGUCGUUUGAUUUUUAUCUACCGUUGCUUUGAACUUUGAUUAUUUAUCAUGUGAUACGAUGCAUUUGGUAAUUUCUUUGUACCUCCUAUGGAAGUGAUUUACCAGUUGAACAUUGUCCCACCAAAUCUGUGCUUGGCAUGCAUGUGUCUGUAGAUGUGUGACUGUGAUCUAUUUUUAUUUUUGUAUAUCGGGCAUAAUUCAAUGGUAUUGUUUCCACUGUAGUCCCUGAAGUACAAACUCACUAAAUAAUUACUACUUGUGAGACUUCAAAAUACUGCCUGUUUACACGUAUGUUAAGUUUUAAUUAUUUGAAAGUGUAGAUAAGAAUUCUCAGACUAAUGAAAACACUUCGAUUAUAUUUUUAGAAUAUUCACGCAACAAAAUUAUUCAUUUUCAGCAAUACAGCCUGCAAAUACACGUGAUGAAUGUAGCCAAUUUUUUGUGACGUAAAGUCAUCCAUAGUAUUGCAACUGCAUUCAUCUGUUUUCUAGAAACUGAGCCCAUUUUCAUUCUAAACAGUUGUCGAGGAACAAUAAAUACUUUACCUUUGUUUUAUCUGUUACAUCGUAGAUAGUUGUGCCCUCAACCCAGUAUUUAUUAUUUAUAAAAUUUAUCCACGAAACC